UGAAUUUGCACUAUAUCAGGGAGCAUUCAUGUAAAAUUGAACUUUUCUGGCCUUGUGGUUCUUUAGAGAGUUUCCCUAAUAACUCUGAUCCCCUAUCGUGGCCUCAUCUACGCCUGGAGGACAUGAUUUUAACAAACUUAAACCUGCAUUUCGUCAGAGAGUUGCCAUGUAUAUUUGAACUUCCCUGGUCAAGUGGUUUUUCUUCAUAAGAUGUUGGACACAAGAUCAUAUAGGAGUGAUCAUAGGAGUUCUUAAUUUACCCAAACCUUGCAAGAAGAUAAGCGUCCUAUUGAUGUAGAUUUGCACCGUCCAGAACGCCUCGGUCCUUUGCACAAGAAAAUAUAGAAAGGCUUGAGGCUUUUCGAAUUACUUGAUGUAUAACUCCAAAAUGCGGGAAACUGUGAACGAUACACAUUUUGAUAGACCCACUGAGACUAGCUACACAGUAGAUUCUUAGUUGUAAACAGAAUAUGAAAGACCUGGAAUAUCGAGUGCCCUCUCCUCACUAUCUUAGACUUUCUAUGGGAGACAGAACACUCUGUUUGAAGACCUAUAAUGACCCUAUUCUGACAUCCACCAGGCUCCAACCCAGUGAAUCUGAUGAAGCAAUUAAAACAGAACUUAAUGAGGCAAAAUCUGCAAUUGAAUGGCAAUCUAAGAGAACAUUAGGAAAGAAACUUAGCUCCGCCAUCCUGUCUGAUGAGGACACCAGUUCUUCUUCUUCUGAGGAGGAGGAGGGCAAGGAGGAGAAAGAUUUCCACACAGAAUCCCCCAAAAUGAGAGGGGUGCAUGGAGCUUUUGCCUCCAAAUGGCUUCACCACCAUUUUGUGGUCCAGCCUGAUAAUUCCUUCAGCCGGGGUGAAAUAUAUCGGGCUUACAUCAUUCACUGUGAGAAGAACAACAUCACCCACUGUAAUCCUGCAAUUUUUGGUAAAGUCCUACGCACUGUGUUUCCUGAUAUCAAAACAAAAAGGAUAGGGACAAGGGGAAAAUCCAGAUAUCACUAUUGUGGCAUUGGAAUCAAACCCAGAGCAGCAAAAAGACAGAGUGAGAGCCACAAUGACAGGAUCAAUGAAAUCCAUGAUGGAAUUACUUCAAUUUGUAAAGAAUCCAAUAUUUUACUUGAGCACUCACAAGAGUUGUUGCCCUUACUACAGAAUUUUCCUACCUGUCAGGAUCUUGGACUUCCAGAGUCUGAAAAUCAAGUGUUGGAGGAGUUUCUGAAUUUAACAUACAGAUGGCAUGCUGUGAGAGUGCUGGACUGUAUCCUCAGAGCUGAGUUCUACCAGGUGAAGGACAUUAUAGGAGAAUUCUGGGGGUCAGUGCCAGCCCCUACACUGAGUUUGUUGUCGGUGCCACUGGUAUUAGCCGCCAUAGAGAGAUGUGAUCAGAUAGUUUACAGAAUCAUCAGUGAUAUCCUCCUACCUCAUGUCCUCACUCCACUACCUACAGGUCUUAUGCUAACUCUGAAGAACUUUGUAAAGAAUCUCCUACAUUGGCACGAGGAUGGACUGACCUAUAUCCCCUCAGUCAUAAAGCAUGCCAAGGUCAAAGCUUGUCAUCAAUUCAAGACCAGUUUUACAAGACGGAUACAGAUUAAUCACAUGAGCGUCACUGCUUCUACAGUGAUUGACAGUGGAGACAUAGCUGGGAUGAUCCGGGGAGGCUGGCACCUGUUACAACAGUCCUUCAGGGACAAUCCUUCACUGUACCAUGUCUCCCAGGACUUGGCAAGCACAGAUCUGGUAUCUCAGUUUUUACAGGAGUAUGGUCAUCUUUGGGACACCUCUAGUUCCCUCCUUCAACACCUAUAUUGGGUGGAGGGUGUUGUGUUGAAGAGCAUGGAAAAGAUAACACGCCUCUCACAGAAGGAGUCCAGAGUGAGGCAGGAACUCAUCAGACAGUUUGUACUGGAGUGGACCUUCAUCUGCUCUCAGAUUCUGAAAGUACUGACUUUCAUAAGUCCUGCAGCAUUAGGACCUCUGCAGUUGCUAGACAUGCUGUAUAGAGAUUAUAUGCUUUUCCUGCUGGAGAGAUGGAAUAUCCAUUGUUGAAGUAAAUCUAUUUUUGUUGAUUCCUUAAUUUGUUAUUUUUUGUCCUGCAGUGAGAAAGGGAGUUCUAUGUAACUUCUGAACCUUGCACAUUCAAAUGUAAAAACAGACAACAGCUUUAAAGACAAUUGCACUCGGAUUCAUGUUUAUAAUAAAAUGUUUUCACAACACAAA